CCCAGAUGUGGCCACUGCCCCCGGAGGCUGCCUGCAGCGGGCGUCUCCUAAGGGUUUACUAAACGAUGGGUCCUGGGAUGAGGGAAAGGCAGCCGGGGUCCUUCCGCACUGGGGGUGCCCCCUCUUCUGGGCAGACAAACCAUGGAAUCACGUGACACUCACUCAUGCUCAUCCCUCCCCUCCCAAACUGGAGGAACCAGUUCUUUGAACCCUAAUGCAGAUCCCCAGCCCUUCCCGGAUCCCCCACCUUGGCGGGUGGGUGCAGGGGUCCCUCCCCUUCCGCCUCCUCCCUGGGACCGAGGGGCUGAGGCGACGGCGGCGCCCCGAGAGACUCCCGGCGGGGCGGGGGUGCUCUGGGCCGGGCCCGAGGGACCGCGGGCUUGGGCAAGGGAGCUGAGCUCAGCGCAUCGCCUGGCAACCAAGGGAUGAGGCUGCUCUAAAGGGGAGGAGGAGCUGGGCGGGGCGGGGGAGCUCGGCCUCCCCAUCCCUUCCCGCCAGCCUCUCCCUCGGCCGGAGCCAGCGCCCAGGAGAGGGCUCCCUGACUGCCCCCCCGGGAAGCGGGCGGCCGGGCCUGGAGCCCAGGUGAGUCGGCCCGGGCCCCGGCUCAGCGGCCCCCACCCCCCCAUCCGAGGCAGCAGGCCCUCCCCGCCCCGGCUCCCGCCCUCUCUCCGCAGCCAUGUGGCUCCCGUCGCGCCGGCAGCUGUGCUGGGCCUUUGUGGGGGCCUCGCUCCUCUCGGUGGCCUCCUUCCUGCUGCACCUCCGGAGGGGCGGCCUCUCCCCCGGGUGGGUUUUCUCCGCUCUGUGCCAGCAGCAGUGUCCCGGCUUGACCCGAGUGGCCUUCUUCUGCCUGCCGGGGACCCCCCCGGCCGCCAACAGUUCCUCGGUGCCCCCCAGGGCCCGAGCCGGCCGCGAGCCGGGCAUGUGGACCAUCCAGCCGGAGGGGCGCUUCGGGAACCAGAUGGGCCAGUACGCCACGCUGUACGCCCUGGCCCGGCUGAACGGGAAGCAGGCCUUCAUCCUGCCCGACAUGCACGCCACCCUGGCCCCGGUCUUCAAGCUCACGCUCCCGGUGCUGGACGCCACGGCGGCCUCCCACGUGCCCUGGAGCCUCUACCCUCUCCGAGACUGGAUGGCCGAGGAGUACGGCCGCCUGGGGGACCGGGACGCGCUGCGCUUCACCGGCUUCCCCUGCUCCUGGACCUUCUACCACCACCUGCGGGCCGAGAUCCGCCGCGAGUUCUCCCUGCACCGGCACGUCCGGGAAGACGCCCAGGCUUUCCUGCGCUGGGUGCGCCACAGCCGGGGAGGCGGCCCAGACCUGGUCUUCGUGGGGGUCCACGUCCGCAGGGGCGACUACGUGGAGAUGAUGCCCGGACACUGGCGCGGCGUGGUGGCCGACGCGGCCUACCUGGAGCGGGCUCUGGCCUGGUUCCGGGCCCGCUACCCGGCCGUGGUUUUCGUGGUGACCAGCAACGGCAUGGAGUGGUGCCGAGAGCACAUCAGCCCCUCCCGGGGAGACGUGGUGUUCGCCGGCGACGGAGAUGAGGCGGCCCCGGGCUCAGACUUCGCGCUGCUGACCCAGUGCAACCACACGGUCAUGACCAUCGGCACCUUUGGCUACUGGGCCGCCUACCUGGCCGCAGGGGAGACCAUCUACCUGGCCAACUACACCCUCCCCGACUCCCAGUUCCUGAAGGUGUUCAAGCCCCAGGCUGCCUUCCUGCCCGAGUGGAUGGGCAUCCCCGCAGACCUCUCCCCGCUCCUGCACUGAGCGGGCUACGACGCACUUGCUUUCUCGCCGCG